AUGUCCGCCCUGACCCGGAUAACAUGCCGCCUUGCAGCCCUGCUGGCCGUCGUUGGUAGCGGACUGGGGACCCCCUCAUCUCCAGACUUGGCCAGCAUCGGCCCGGCCUUGACGGCGGCCGCAGAAGCUGGCGACGUCGCGGCCACCUUUGUGUCCGAACUCGUCCAAAAUGUCGCGGAAGCGACUGGGCAUCCGGGUGCGCCGUCAAAGCGUGCCUUGACCUGUUCACCGCCCGACUCGCUCGUGGUCGACGUCGGAUACGCAAAGUACCAGGGCUCCUAUAAUGCGUCCACAGGCUUGAACUCGUGGAGAGGCGUUCGCUUUGCCGACGCCCCAGUCGGGGGUCUGAGAUGGCAGCCUCCCCGUUUCCCUGCCGUGCAGGAAGAUCCCCCUCUCGUCCAGGCCACGAGCUUUGGGCCCGUGUGCCCCCAAUCUCUGCCGUCGGUGCCCAGUGCCGCCUUCAUGCCCGGAAACGAAGACUGCCUCUUUCUGAACGUCUACGCACCGGCUAAUGCCCAGGACCUGCCCGUCAUGGUAUGGAUCCACGGCGGCGGCUACGGCCUUGGCGACGGCACGCAGGCCAUGGCCGAAUUUAUCAACGCCAACAACAAGCGCUUCGUUGUCGUGUCUAUCCAGUAUCGGCUCGGCGCCUUUGGCUUCCUCGCCUCAAAGGAGGUCAAGGACAAGGGUGCGGUCAACGCCGGCAUCCUCGACCAAGCGCUGGCUCUUUCCUGGGUCAAGCUCUUCGCCUGCCAGUUUGGCGGCGAUGCGUCGUCGGUGACCAUCGCGGGCGAGUCUGCCGGCGCCGGCUCGGUCAUGUACCACGGGCUCGCCGUCGGUGGGGCGCUGGGCUCUGUGCUCUUCGACAAGUCGAUCGCCGCGUCGCCGUACCUGCCAUUCCAGCACCAGCACGACGACGCCUCGCCGACAAGCAGGUACUACGCGCUGUCUGUGGCGGCCGGGUGCCCGGCCAGUGGCGAUGUCUUUGCCUGUCUCGUCGGCAGCGACACGGCUGUGCUGCAGCAGGCCAACUUCAACGUCACGCAGCAGGCGCCGUACGGCUACUGGGCCUUCUACCCCGUCACCGACAACGUCUACAUCACGGGCCGCCCGACUGAGCAGCUGGCCGCCAAGCGAGUAAAUGGGGACAAGCUACUCGUCAGCAACAACGCCAACGAGGGCCCCAUGUUUGUUCCGCAGACGAUCGCGACACAGGACGACCUCGUUGCGUGGCUCCGCCUCGAGUUCCCCAACAUGUCUGAGGGGCAGAUCAGCCUGAUCCUCGCCGCGAACCCGAACAGCGCGGCCACGGAUCCGUCGGGCCCGCGGUUCGAGACCGACGGGCUCGACACGGCGGGCGCAAACGCCGUCAACGUCUCGCAGGCCGCCAACGGGCAGCAGCAGCGCGCCAACAACAUCUACGGCGAGGCGACCUUCGUGUGCCCCGCGUACUGGAUGGCGUCGGCGUACACGACAGCGACACAAUCUGCCUGGCUGUACCAGUACUCGGUGCCGCUGGCUACGCACGGGGCCGACGUGGCCGGGUACUUUGGGCCGCAGAACGCCAACCUGGCGCCGGGGUUCCAGCUGGCGUUCCGGACCAUCUGGGGCAAUUUCGUCGUCGGCGGCAACCCGGCCAUCAGCGACGUCGUGGCCAACGGCGGCGCGUCGGCGGCGAACCCCGCCGCGGCCAACGGCGCGUCCGCGUGGCCUGCGUGGAGCGAUGCGAAUCCAAAGCUGCUAAACAUCAACGAGACGGGCGGCACGCCGUACACAUUCAAAACGACGUGGGGCGCCAACGUCACCCAGUUCGCCAACCCGGGCCUGCGCAACGCCUUCGCCCUCGCCCCGGCCGACACGUGGGAGGGCGGCCGCGGAGCAAGGUGUGCCGUCUACCAGGCCUUAGCGCCGAGCAUUCCAGCAUGA